ACGCAACCAAUACGAUAUUUUGACCCAGCAAAGGAAAGCUGGAAGCCUUUCUCCGUCCUUCGUCGACGUCCUCGUAAUUCCCGAACUACCCUUCUUCCCCCCUUCUCUUUCUCGGAAAACUCUGGCUCAAUGGCGAAUUCUUGAUGGCAUAUCCAUCAUCGAAAAAAAUAAUCCAUUGUUGACUUCUGAAUCGUGUUUGAAGGCUCUCGAUCUUUCUUCUCUAUUAGUACUUUAUUACAUAUAAAAGCUCGAUCGCUCCGCGGGAGAAUUGGGGUAGGGUUUCGCAGAAAUUUGUGCGCACAGUGGAAGAUAAAAGAUUUUUGAGGUACGAGGGUAUAAAUGGCGUCGGCUCUUAUGAACGUGACUGCAUCGGCACUUAAUUGGGUGUCGGUGUCAUUUGAUGCUCCUCUUGCCCGGGCAGUUGUUUUUGGGUUUCCUGUUGAUGGGCAUCUGGUUGUUGAAGGGCUACUCAUUGCUGUCAUACUAUUCCAGCUCUCCAGGAAGAGUUACAAGCCGCCAAAGAAGCCGCUAACUGAGAAGGAAAUCGAUGAACUUUGUGAAGAGUGGAUCCCAGAAUCUCUUCAUCCACCUAUCACUGAAGAGAUGUUAGCUCAACCGCCUAUCUUAGAAAGUGCGGCAGAGACCCAUACUGUAAUUGAUGGACAAGAAGUCGUAAACUUUGCAUCAGCAAAUUAUCUUGGUUUGAUAGGGCAUGAAAAGAUAAUUGAUUCCUGUGUUAGUUCAUUGAAGAAAUAUGGCGUUGGUUCUUGUGGUCCUCGUGGUUUCUAUGGGACAAUUGAUGUCCACCUUGAUUGCGAGACCAGAAUUGCAAAGUUCUUGGGAACCCCAGAUUCAAUCCUCUACUCCUAUGGAAUUUCAACGAUUUUCAGUGUUAUUCCAGCCUUUUGUAAGAAGGGAGAUAUUAUUGUUGCCGAUGAAGGUGUCAAUUGGGCAGUUCAAAAUGGCCUCUACCUAUCAAGAAGUACUGUUGUUUAUUUCAAACACAACGAUAUGACAUCACUGGAAAGCACUUUGGAGAAAAUCACCAGACAGAAUUACAAGCGGGCAGAAAAGAUGCGACGCUACAUUGUGGUGGAAGCUGUAUAUCAGAAUUCUGGUCAAGUAGCUCCACUGGAUGAGAUUAUCAGAUUGAAAGAGAAACACCGCUUUCGAGUUAUAUUGGAUGAGAGCAAUUCAUUUGGUGUGCUGGGAAACUCUGGCCGAGGCCUUGCCGAGCACUAUGGGGUUCCGAUUGAAAAGAUUGAUAUAAUAACUGCUGGUAUGGGGAAUGCCUUGGCAACUGAUGGAGGUUUUUGCACCGGAAGUGUUAGAGUUGUUGAUCACCAACGUCUGAGUAGCUCUGGCUAUGUCUUUUCUGCAUCAUUGCCUCCCUAUCUUGCUACUGCUGCAAUUGGUGCAGUCAAUUACUUAGAAGAGAAUCCAACCAUCCUUGCAUCACUGAGGAACAAUAUUGCUUCAUUACGAAAAGGUUUGUCAGAUGUGCCAGGGCUGACUAUGGCAAGCAGUCCCCUUUCUCCUUUUGUCUUUUUAAAACUAAAGAAAUCUACAGGUUCCCCAAAGAAUGACUUGCAGCUUCUUGAUAAAAUUGUUGAUAGGGUCCUGAAGGAGGAUUCAAUUUUCAUUGUGACCACGAAGAGGUCCGCCUUGGACAAGUGCCCCUUGCCUGUAGGCAUCAGAUUGUUUGUUUCUGCAGGCCAUUCUGAGUCUGACCUGUUGAAAGCAUCCGAGUCACUGAAGAGGGUUGCGGCGUCGGUACUAUCUGAGCUCAUUUGAGGAAGUUUUUCGGCUAGUGAGGAAAUGAAAGUAACACAAAAUAUCAAGGGCUAGAAUAGCUUUUGUUAAAUCAAUAAUCAAGUUUUUACUGGCCUCGGCAUGUAUACAAGUCUAAUCUCCGAUGGCUUGAUGGAAAGAGUAGUUGUAGAAGAUAGUGCUGUAUGCUUUUCCAAUACAUUCAUGGAUCAACUCUAAGUCUCACUCUUGGUCAAUAUUUUGACCAGCUGUUUUGGCGUGGGAACGUGUUUACUGCUGGAUAUUGUUCGGCGUCACUUUCAUAUUUUCUAUUUUUUUAAAAUAAAAAAAUAUUUUUAUUUUUC